GCAACAUUCACCUCCGCCCGACCAUCUUCUCGUCUUCAUCCCUCCCAAGACGUCCCACACAUUACCUUCAAGAUGACCAAGCGAACAAAGAAGGUCGGUGUUACCGGUAAAUACGGUACCCGUUACGGUGCUUCCCUGCGAAAGCAGGUUAAGAAGAUGGAAAUCACCCAGCACGCCAAGUACACUUGCACCUUCUGCGGAAAGGUCACCGUCAAGCGCCAGGCUACCGGUAUCUGGGACUGCAAGUCUUGCAAGCGCACCGUCGCCGGUGGUGCUUACACCGUUGCCACCCCCGCUGCCGCCGCUAUGCGAUCAACUCUGCGACGACUCCGAGAGAUUGCUGAGGUUUAAGGGUGGACUUUAGCGAAACGGGAAAAUGGCUUUGCUUUUCGGUAUGGUGUACGGGGGGAUAUGAUUUCGUGCCUACAUUACGAGGUGACGAUCUGGACGUCGACACCCGAACUUCGGUCACAUAGAAGCCGAUCGAAUAGCAAUAAACAAAAAAGAAUUGCAUGGUUUCGGAUCCAUUCAACGACUCACCAGCUGCCACAAAGUGCAAAAUACCAUCAGCUAUUGAGAUCGUGGGCAGCCUACGCAUGUUUAUCAUCCAAGUUUGGACUCUACCAAAUAAAAUUCUGCUCAUACCUUGAUGGA